GCCCUUAUUGUAGCGGAUUUCGGGCCGCGCACUGCGCUUCGCAUAGUGGACGGCAUCCGAGAGGAGAUUAAAGCUGGGCAGCUGAAGACCGGCAAGGAGAUUAAGGAAGAUGAAACCGCAAACCCCUGUCUUUAUGCGUUCACACCAUCCUAUCCUUUUCUCGCCACACCCUCACACGUUCCUCCGCCCACUCUCUGCCUCCCGCCCCUCGCCCGCCCGUUCGUGUCACGCGACAAUCCCCUCUUUCUCUCCUCACUCGGCCCGCUCGUUUGUGUCACGCGACUCCAGGAAGCGCUGAAGCGCGCCAUUGUGAAGCUCCUCACGGACAAGGCGCCCGUGACCGCGCUGGAGCUGGGCACCAGCAAGCCGGCAGUGGUGAUGAUUGUGGGCGUGAAUGGCGGCGGCAAGACCACCACCAUUGGCAAGCUGUCUCACCGGUUCAACAAAGAGGGAGCCAAGGCUCAGAAUCUGCCAGUCCCCCCCUCCUCACACACGUACCUCUACCAGGCGUGUAGUGCUGCUAGCAGCGGAAAAUUCAGGGCGGCAGCAAGCAAGCAGUUUUCUUAUCCCUCAAAGCUCAUCCAUGCUCACCAAUAUUCCCUCCUCCCGAUCUCCCCCCCACCCUCCCAGGUGCUGCUGGCAGCGGGAGACACGUUCAGGGCGGCAGCGAGCGAGCAGCUGGAGGUGUGGGCGGAGAGGACAGGCGCAUCGUUCCUCAGGGGGGAAGGGGAGAAGGCCAGACCCGCCACGGUGCUGGCCAAUGCGGUGCGCAAGGCAAGCAGUGACGGCUUUGACAUCCUCCUUGCCGACACCUCUGGCCGGCUGCACACCAACUUCAACCUGAUGGAGGAGCUCAAGGCGUGCAAGCGAGCCGUGGCCAAGACCCUGCCCGGCGCUCCCAACGAGGUGCUGCUGGUGCUAGAUGGCACCACAGGGCUCAACAUGCUGCCGCAGGCGCGAGAAUUCAACCAGGCCGUCGGGGUGACGGGCUUUGUCCUUACCAAGCUGGACGGUACGGCUCGGGGAGGCUGUGUGGCAAGUGUGGUUGACGAUUUGGGCAUUCCAGUGAAGUUUGUGGGCGUUGGGGAGGGCAUGGAAGAUCUUCAACCCUUCAAUGCCGAAGCAUUUGUUGACGCUCUCUUUCCCUCGUAG